AUGGGCAGAUUUACUGUGAUCCUGGCGGCAGCUGCCUCCUUGGGUGGUCUUGCAUCUGCCGGACCCGGAGCGGCAGAGUGGGCCAGUCGAUCCAUCUACCAGGUCAUGAUUGAUCGCUUUGCCAGAAGCGACGGCUCAUCAGAGGAAUGUACCGACAUAGACGGUUACUGCGGAGGUACAUGGACUGGCUUGAUCAACAAGCUUGAUUAUAUCCAAGGAAUGGGUUUCACCGCUGUCCAGAUCUCUCCAGUCGUGGAGAAUAUCAGGGAAGAUACCGGCUAUGGGGAGGCAUACCAUGGUUACUGGUCAAACAACAUGUACGGCAUAAACGAGAACUUUGGGACUGCUGGCGAUCUAAGCCACCUUUCGCAAGCGCUGCACGACCGAGACAUGUACUUGAUGGUCGACGUGGUUAUCAACAAUAUGGCUCAAGCAAUCGAUGGAUCAAUGCCCGACCAGACAAUUGACUACUCCCAGCUUCAGCCCUUCAAUGAUGAGAGGUACUAUCACGAAUACUGCAAUAUCACGGAUUAUGAUAACGACGAAAUCGCUCAACAAUGCUGGCUGGGUGUCACUAAUGUGGCGCUUCCUGACCUGGACACAGAAUCCCAGGAAGUCACAGACAUGAUCGGUACCUGGAUCACGGGUCUUGUCGCGAAUUAUUCAAUUGACGGCCUUCGCAUCGACGCAGCUAAGCACGUCAAUAAUGAAUAUCUUCCACCAUUCGUUGAAGCAGCAGGUGUCUUCACCUUUGGCGAGAUCUUCAGUGGUGUCGUCGACAACGUCUGCAAAUAUCAAAGGGAUAACUUGAUUUCCGGCUUACCAAAUUUCCCCGUUUAUUUUCCUCUGAUUCAAGCCUUCACCGCUGGCGAUAUGGAAGGACUUUCAGAAAUGAUUUCCGAUGUCAACGAUGGCUGCACAGACACCUCAGUGCUGGGCACUUUCGCCGAAAACCACGACCUGCCUCGUUUCGCCUCGCUCGUGCCAGACCUAGCUCUAGCUAAGAAUGCUAUCGCAUUCACCAUCCUCGCUGAUGGUAUCCCAACCAUGUACCAAGGCCAAGAACAACACAUGCCCGGCAAUUACUCUCCUUAUAACCGUGCUCCCCUGUGGUCUGGGUCGGAGAGCGGGACUCCAUACGACACGUCCGCCCCUCUUUAUAAUCUUACCGCCACACUCAACGCUCUGCGUAACCACGCAAUCAGUAUCGAUUCACGCUACGUUUCCAACCACUCAAUCGAGCUCUUCCUCGAUCCAUCUACCAUGGCUACUCGUAAAGGUCCUGAUGGUGUGCAGAUUGUCGCCGUCUUUUCCAACCAAGGUGAAAGAGGCGGCGAAUAUGAGUUAAGUGUAGGUCCGAGCGCUUAUGAGAUAGGAACCGAAGUCAUCGAGGUGUUCAGUUGUACCAGGUCGAAUGCGAAUGAAGCAGGAAAUGUCACCGCCCUGAUGGGAGCUGGAGAACCGAAAGCCUUCUUCCCAACAGCACAGAUGGAAGGUUCAGGACUUUGUGGGUACGCGAGCAAUGCUGAAGCAGCCACCAACACGAGCUCAGGAGCUGAGCCGUCGGCUACGAAUGGCGCGGCUAUUGCUGCGGAUGUGAGGUGGGGCACCGCUUUGCUCGGUGUCAUGGGUGCGCUCGCUUUUUGGUUGUUGUGA